GAAGACACUGCGGCAGAACGGAUCUCUGAGAUGAAAAUCUCUAAACCUCUGUAGGUAAAGCAAAAACUGCACCAUAAAUAGGGCACACAUUUGAGGAACCACGUCACAUCCUGCAAACUCAAGAUCCGAUUUUUUUUUUGCGGACAGCAACUCAACGAAAAUUGCGAUGGCACCCCGUCAGAUUUAUGAAAACGGUUUAAAGAUAUUAGAGAAAUAAAUGAAGAUGACUUUAUAUAAAUAUGCAAAUGUGAAAAAAAUAUGAAAACUAUAGACUUUCAAAGGGAUAAAAUGAAAUAGGUACAUAUAUAUCUAUAUAUAUAUAAAUAUAGUAUGAAAAGAUUAAGGCAUCAGGUUUGUUGUCCCCUAUCUCCUGAAAGAGGGCAGAAGUUUGAGGAGGUGAUGGGCAGGGUGAGCUGGGUCACACAUUAUUUGACUCCACAUACUGUAGAGUAUUUAGUAGACAUUAAUAUAAUAUUGCUUCAAACAUAAUGUUAGUUACUAGAAUUGUUUGUAUGUCCAUUUCAAAUGUGCAGUAUGUGGCACAUGAACCCUUUCAUCUAUUGCCAACUUUUACCUGUUAAACACCAGAGAUUACAUUAUUGAUACUUAGAAAGCCAGUUACUGUGUGUCCUAAACGAUUACAUUACAUACACUAUGACACAGACUGUAUACAGCAUAUGUGAUUUGUGCUUUUGUGAUUCGUCUUCUCAAGAGUCACGUUGCUGUAUUGGGCCAAACUGGCCAAGGGAGUUGGCGCCAAUCACCAUCCCUCAAAGUGGGUCGUUCAAGGUGAUUGGCCGAUCAAGCGCAGUCUUCUCUGUGAAGACAGGGGAACGUGUGGAGAGAUUCAUUCCAUUCAGCUCUGCAGCUGAAGAACAAUGACGCCUCCAAACUUUGCUUUGCAUUUCACAUGUCUGUUUGUGGCGAGUUGGGCUCAUUGGACACCUUUGGGACAAUCGUUUCUGCAUUUCGAGUCGGCCGAUAUUGGGGAAAGCGUGACUUUGUCAUGCCUCUGCAAAGAUGGUGCAGCAACAAUGUUUUUCUGGUACAAGCAAACUCUGGGACAGAAGCCAAAUCUGGUGUCUACCUUCUAUAGGUAUAAUAAUAAUAAUAAUAAAGGCACCUUUAAUGGUGAAUUUAAUGAUACACGUUUCUCACUGGAUGCCGGAAACGGGAGAAAUGACUUGAAGAUCUCACAUUUGCGAAUUUCGGACUCAGCUACUUACCAUUGUGCAGGUAGCGAUUUAAAUGACUUUGUAUUUUGCACCGCCGUCACCGUCAGUGUAAAAGGUUCGGGGCUGAACAUCCAGGCUCUUGUCGAUCAGUCAGGAUCUGAGACCGUCCAGCCAGGAGUCUCUGCAACUCUCGGCUGCACAGUCCACACCGGGACCUGUGACGGAAAACACAGCGUUUACUGGUUCAAGAACUCUGAAGAGCCUCACCCAGGACUCAUUUACACGCAUGGAGACAGGGAUGAUCAGUGCGAGAGGAAACCCAACACACAAACACACAGCUGCGCCUACAACUUGUCCAUGAAAAGCCUGAACCUCUCUCAUGCUGGGACCUUGUGUGCUGUUGCCUCAUGUGGACACGUGCUGUUUGGAAACGCGACCAAGAUGGACUUUGAGGCUAUCGCUGAUAUGAGGCUUUCGGAGUCUAAUUUGACCAGAUCAGAUCCAUAUAUUUACCUCGCUGACAGGGCCUCUCUUAUCCUGGUGCAUUUCUUGAAAGGAGCUCUGGCGUUCACCACUGUUUUGAUCAUUUUAUUGGCUUUCUUGCUGUACAAGACGCACAAGGGGAACUGCCACUGUACAGACUCCGAUGUCCAACUUUCAGUGACCUCUGCUCCAAACGCAGAGUCACACCAAGAGGCGGAGGACCUUCAUUAUGCCACUUUAAGAGAUCACAAGGUCAGCAGAUCGAGGCGACAGAGGGAUGACCCCACGGGUGAAUGUGUGUACUCCAGUGUAAGGCAGUAGAGCUUGGACACGUGUCAUCCGUACGGCACAUUUCCGUCAAUAUGAUUUUUUUGCUGAAUUUAAUGAAUAUUCUUCAAAUGCUCGCCUCACAAUAAACUAAGCUCCUCCAUGAAAAAA